AUGAUCCGUAAAGUGUGUUUAUAUUUAGUGAUUAUUUUUGGGACGAUAGGCGGUCUUCUAGUCUGCUUGUGGAUGUGGUAUAACCGGAAGCACAGAUCUAGAGUUAACGCCCUUAUAUUUAACCUGUGUUUAGCAGAUAUGUUAGUGGUAUUUGUGGCAUGUUUACCACAGCUAGUUUGGGAACACAUGGAACGUGAGUGGCUCGCCGGGGAUUUUAUGUGUAAAACGUAUAAAUUCUGUAUGUCAUUUUCAUUGUUUGCUAGUAAUAAUAUGUUGGUUGUUAUUGCCAUUGAUCGACAUCAAGCUAUCAGAUCACCUUUAAAAGAACCCACUCCAGUAUGGUUGCUGUCACUUUGUGGGUGGGGAAUAGCUGCUGUUGCCUCCAUACCAUUGUUCUUCGUCUUCCACGUUCGCUAUCACCCUGUCAAACAGAUUAUGGUGUGUGAGAACACAUUCCGUGGAAAACCAAUGAUUCAUCGCCAAGCUUUUCUUACGUAUGUUGCUAUAGUUAGCUUCAUAUUACCGUUGAUCAUUCUCAUUAUAUGUUAUAUUAGAAUAUUCCUGAAAAUAGCCCAGAAGGCAGCUGAGAGUAAGAAUUCAAAACGUCAGAGUUUUAAACCAGGCAAGAUUCAUCUGACCAGCACCGCCAAUACGUCAUUACCUAAAGCUAAAAUAAAAACCUUGAAAAUGACAGUCGUUAUAGUAGCUGCUUACAUUAUUUGCGCUUUGCCGUAUUUUGUUGCUGAAAUGAUUAUGUCGUUUGGAGAUUUCCACAUCAUAUCUGGAGCUCUGUAUGGAAUUCUUGGAAGCAUGGCUGCUGCUAAUUCCGCUGCGAACCCUUUUGUGUUUCUGUUAUUUAAUGCUAAUUGGCAAUGUAUUCGUGGAUUGAAACUGUGUCCCAGUCAAAAUAAUACUGGUAAGAGAAGCUUCGUGUACUCUUCAGCUAGCACCAGAUCUGAGUACUCCACUGUUUAUAUUCGUAGUCCACCAUUUAUAUCUACAGAUAGCUAUGAACUGACGACAGUCCGGGGUUCAUCGAGAUCUUAA